AGCGCGGAGCCCGGGCGCCAGCGGCCGCGCUGGCAGGAGCCCCCGGCCGGCAGCUCGGGGCGCGGCGCUGUGGCGAGGGCGGUAGCUCGGAGCCGCGGCUGCUCCCGUAACCAAGGCGCUGUCAGGCGCGUACACGCACAGACACACACACACAGCGCGGAGCAGAGCAGACUCGGGGCCGCCUUUGCAGCUCUUUCCCUUCUGCACAAUGCUGUGCUCCAGGCAGCGCCUGCCCGCCUCUCCCUGAGGGGACGGAGCCUGCCGCCGCCCGGCAGCCGGCUGCCCGCCCCCGCUCCCCGAGUUCGCUCCGUCCCGGGCACUUCGGGCGGCUGCCGCCCCUUCGCAGCGCCGUCCCCCGCUCCCUCUGUGGCAGCCCUUCGGCGGCGGGGGAGCAGCCGGGAGCAGCCGCCGCCGGGGAAGAGGAGCUCCAGCUCCCACCUCCGGAGCGCUUCAUGGCGUCUCACCAGCAAACCAGGAUCCAAGCCUACCUGGAGAAGAAUAAGAUCGGUCCUCUCUUCGAGGAAUUGAUGACCAAGCUGAUAACAGAGACACCUGACCAGCCAAUCCCAUUUUUAAUUGAUCAUCUUCAGUCUAAACAAGGGAACCGUGGUCAGCUUCAGAGAACACUGUCUGGCUCUGCCGCCCUUUGGGCAGAGAGUGAAGCAUCAGAAAAUAAAGGAACAAGGAGAGAUUUCAGAAGUUAUGAUAAGCCUUGGCAGGUAAAUGCAAAGAAGCCUAAAAAGUCAAAGAGUGACCUUGCCGUGUCCAAUAUUUCUCCACCAUCACCGGAGUCCAAGUCAUUGCCAAGGUCAAUAGAACAUCCUAAGUGGGAUUGGAGGACAAAACCGGAGAACCAUGAUUUUGAUGAGCUAAAUCAUAUUCUUCAAGAGAGCAAAAAACUUGGAAAAGCCCUUGAGAAUCUUUCUCGCAGCAUUGCUAUUUCUGAUGAACUUGAUAAGGAGACAACAGGUUUUAAUACCCCCCUUCUCAGACCUCGUGUGAUUGGAGAAUGGAUUGGUCGUGAAGAGAAUGAUGCUGAUCCCCUGGCUGCUGAGAUGUUGCAGCCACCAAUUCCAAGAAGUAAAAAUGAGCAGUGGGACAGUGAAGACAGCAGCAGUCCUGGUGGAAGCUUAAAAAUGGAGCCAAAGAGUAAAGGACUAAAACAGCAGCAGCAGCAACAUAAGAAACUGCUGGCUGCCAUGCUUUCUCAAGACUCCUUUGAUUCUGCUCACAGCACAGCUCCAUCUGUAACUGAAGAAGAUAUUGACAAUGAAGAUGAUGCAAUGGAACUGCUGGAGGAUCUUGAUGACCUAAGAAUGGAAGGAGUAACAAGUCUGGUGUCUUCUGGGAGCAAAUUCAAUCAGAGUAGAAGUGCUCAUCCUGCUGAACCCCAAGCAAAGGUCACGUUGAAUAUCUGUGCAAGAUGUGCCAGAUUGCAAGGAGAUAACAUGGCAGAAAGGCCAGAAGAUGUCUCCAUGGUAUCUCAAACUUCAGAGCCAGCUAUGUCAGACUCUGAUGCUCAGGUACCUGGGGUUGAAACACUUAUGGAAGAUAUUGAUGAAUUCGAGAGUGCCUCUCAAGUGGCAGCAUCUUCUCAGCCAGUUUGGACUAUGGAUGCCAUGGGUGUCAGAUCUGGCGGUUCCCCAAGGCAGAAACUCUUAAAGGACUCCUUAGCAGCAAAAGAACUUCAGACCAUGGAGAAGCACCUAGCUGAUAUUGAAAAGGACCUAGCGCUAUGGGAAGAAGCAAGGCUCUCAAGAAGCCCUAGCAUCCAGCAUCACAGUUUAGGUACAUCUGAUACUCAAGGCAAUCUUCAAGCUACACAGGGCCAAAAUCCGAGGCCCCAGGUGUCAACUCAAAUGGGAAAAAACAUUCAGCUCCAAGGAAACAAAUCGCCACCGCUGCCCACUAACAGCCGAGCGCAGGCCUCGAGUGUUACCAACAGCAGGCCUCCGACAGCUGGUGUGCAAACCAACAGGCCAUCAACUCCAUCAACGCCGGGGAGCAGACCUGUGACCCCAAACAGCUUGUUGUCACGGCCGCUUACUCCUAGCAAUCAAGGAAAUAAGGAAAGCAUCAUCAGUUUGCAUAGAAGUAGAUCUUUGACGUCAAAGAGCCAAAUGGGGAGGACCCUCAGCGCUGCUUCAGGGCUCUCUGUGCAAAUGAGUGGAGAUGUUGUCACUGUCACUGCUCAAAGAAGCAGUUUGUCAGAAGAUGAAUUCUUACAACAGCUUCAGCUUGCUCAUCAGCCUUGGAUAUUGCCGAAUGAUACAGAAAGUGAAGGAGUGGAAGCUGACCAAGACAAACGUUUGUGAAAUCAGUGGGAUUGUUGAAGAACAAUUUAAUAAAAACAAAAGUAUGGUGAUCAAAACUACACCUGAACGUUUGCUUUAGUUUAUACAUAAUAAUUUUAAAUGGAGUUAUUUUUCUAGUAUCAGCAGUACAUAAGGGGAACCACUCCGAUAUGUGGAUGCUGUAAUGCACUGAAUCAGAGUGCUUACUGUGGUACAGUGGCCUUAGGAAAGAAGGGUAGCUGUCACCUUUUAGUAUAAAGUUACUCUAAUGUUUUUGUUUAGAUUCUACCCCGUGCUAUUUUGGAUUGACAUUUGAUAAACUAAACUCUGCCUGACCAAAAUAAACUUUACUUAAAGACUGUAUGUAUUUUAACUUGUCUAAGGUUUUCUACUCCUUAUAUUUUUGUAAGCUUUGCUCUUUUUUAGAUUAACAGACAUGAAAGUGUUUGCCCACAUCUGCCAAUCUGUAUGUCCCAUUCAGGUCUCACAGAGAACUAGCUGUUUGCUCAUAGUCACCUGCAGAGACGGGCCUGGGGGAGUGAGUGAAUGAGUGUGUACAGGGAGCAGGAACAGGUGUUGCCUGUGUCACAUAGCUUUGUAUUGAGUUUAUCUGCUUUGAUCUUUAAAAUAAAUAAGGACUGUUAAAAAGGGAACAUAUCGAUAAGGAGUGAAGCAUGCAUGCAAAAAUAAAGUAUCUAAAGGAAUUUCAUAUGUAGAGUAAAACACUAUUUACCCAUAUGAGUUACUGAAUCAAAUUUGCUGUUCAAAAUGAACUAACUGAUAUAUGCUGUAUGCUUGGAAAUUUAGAAGAUGCUUUGGCACAGAUAUCAAAUGAAGGGAUGUGGCAGUUGCAUUUACUGAUUUCAUGUAUGUAUCUGUUAAUUCUGUCAAGUGUGUUUUCAGUUUCCUUUGUCUUCAAUUAUGUACAUUUGGUUCCUGUAUCUUAAACAUAACGAUAUACUGGAAUUGCUUGUGACUAUUAAAAACAGAAUAUAACAGAUCAUCUAUUUGUUUAAGGAAUAAAAAUGAAUUCUCUGUCA